CAUAGUCAAAAGGGCUAAAGCCCAGAGUGCGUGACCAUCUGCAAAGGAAAAAAAAGGAAGAGAAAAUCAGGGCAAAAGACUCCUGCAACUCCCCCCAAAAAAGCAGAGAUUCUGCACAGCAACAAGAAAAAAAAGAAAGAAGAGGGAACUAAAUUGCUGCGUGGUUAUUCCAGCGAGGGGACAAGGAAGAGAAGAAGGAGCGGAAGGGUGAAGCUGUGAAGGGCGUAGGAGGAGAAAGAAGUUUAUGAGAAAUUUUGUUAUCAGAUUGAGAGAACUCAGGUGGCAUUGGUGAGGAUUCCAUCAACUAGAGAGCACGAUUUGAUAGUAUCUGGCUUGGUGGAAGGCAAAACUGAUUAAGAGAGGAAAAUUCAGAUAUGUCGGCACUCUUCAAUUUCCACUCCUUUCUGACAGUGGUGCUGUUAGGGAUUUGUACAUGCACUUAUGUGAAGAUGCAUUUUCCUGCACUUCUUGAACAGAGAACUGGGUUUCGAGGUUUCUUUUGGAAGGCUGCUAGAAUAGGUGAACGGUUGAGUCCUUGGGUGGCAGUGGGCUGCUUGACGAUGGGUGUUUCAAUAAUCUUCUUCUGAGAGAACAACUGUUUGUAAUUCAUGAAAGUACCUCUCAGUUGCGCUUAAAUUAGCAGUUGAAUCUGUUUUUCAUCAAAUGAUUUCUUCGAUUAAAGGAUGACAAGAAGCUUGACGUGAGAUCAACACUGCUUUCUCGUUCAUGAACUGAGUUUUAGCAUGUGGAAUUUUGGAUCGUGACAAUGUUAGACUCUCUGUUGUGUCUUUUUUAGACUAAUUAUUUUACUGGAAGUAGAAAAACCUUUUGUGUCAAGAAGUCUAAUGCUGUCUUGUACUUACUUAAAUGAUGAGCAUCAUAUGUCCCAUUAUUUGCAUCA